CUUGACAGAAGGUGACAGGCUGGGGGUCAAGGGGCUUGGGGUCCUGGCCUAGGCUAGGGGAGGACACUGCCCAAGGCAGGGUGGCUCCAGGGAAUGAGCUGGCCUAGGAGAUGAGUGGACACCAUGGGAUGCUACAGCUGAGUCUGUACAAGAUGGGAAUGUGGCUCAUGGCAGCCUCACCAUGGCUUCUCCUGCUGCUGGUUGGGGCCUCCUGGCUCCUGGUCCAAGUCCUGGUCUGGACCUACACCUCCUAUGACAAUGCUCGCCGCCUCCGAGGUUUCCCGCAGCCUCCAAAACGGAACUGGUUCUUGGGUCACCUGGGCCUGAUUCAGAGCUCAGAGGAGGGUCUCCUGUAUACACAGGAGCUGGCCAGCACCUAUGGGGAUGUGUGCUGCUGGUGGGUGGGACCCUGGCAUGCAGUCAUCCGCAUCUUCCACCCCACCUGCAUCAAGCCUGUGCUCUUUGCUCCAGCUGCCAUUGCACCCAAGGCCUCAGUCUUCUAUGACUUUCUGAAGCCCUGGCUGGGAGAUGGGCUCCUGCUGAGUGCUGGUGACAAGUGGAGCAGCCACCGUCGCAUGCUGACACCUGCCUUCCACUUCAACAUCCUGAAGCUCUAUACGAAGAAUUUCAGUGACAGCGUGAAUGUCAUGCAUGCCAAGUGGCAGCACCUGGUCACAGAGGGCCACACCCGUCUGGACAUGUUUGAACACAUCAGCCUCAUGACCCUAGACAGUCUACUGAAAUGUGUCUUCAGUUUUCACAGCAAUUGCCAGGAGAAGCCCAGUCACUAUAUUGCUGCCAUCUUGGAGCUCAGUGCCCUUGUGGCAAAACGGCACCAGCAGAUCUUCCUGCACCUGGACUUCCUGUACUACCUCACCCCUGAUGGGUGGCGCUUCCAUAAGGCCUGCCACCUAGUGCACGACUUCACAGAUGCCGUCAUCCAGGAGCGACGCCGCACCCUCCCCAAAGAGGGUAUUGAUGACUUCCUCAAGGCCAAGGCUAAGGCUAAAACUUUGGACUUCAUUGAUGUGCUCCUGCUGACCAAGGAUGAAGAUGGGAAGAGAUUGUCAGAUGAAGAUAUCCGAGCUGAAGCUGACACUAUCAUGUUUGGGGGCCAUGACACCACAGCCAGUGGCCUCUCCUGGGUCCUGUACAACUUGGCAAAGCACCCAGAAUACCAGGAGCACUGCCGGCAGGAGGUGCAUGAGCUCCUGAGGGACCGUGAGCCUAAAGAGAUUGAAUGGGAUGACCUGGCACAGCUGCCCUUCCUGACCAUGUGCAUCAAGGAGAGUCUGCGGUUGCAUCCUCCAGUCACUGUCAUCUCCCGUCGCUGUACCCAGGACACUGUGCUCCCAGAUGGCCGGAUCAUCCCCAAAGGUGUUAUCUGCCUCAUCAGUAUUUUUGGGACCCACCACAAUCCAUCAGUGUGGCCAGAUCCUGAGGUCUAUGAUCCCUUCCGCUUCGACCCAGAAAACAUCAAGGGGAGAUCACCUCUGGCUUUUAUCCCCUUCUCAGCAGGGCCCAGGAACUGCAUUGGGCAGACGUUCGCCAUGACUGAGAUGAAGGUGGUCCUGGCACUCACGCUGCUGCGUUUCCGUGUCCUGCCAGACAAGGAGGAGCCACGCAGGAAACCAGAGCUGAUCCUGCGGGCGGAGGGUGGACUUUGGCUGCAACUGGAGCCUCUGAGCACUGGCCAGCAAUGACCUACCACCUCCUGGCCUGGGAUCCAUCCUGACCCUACACACCUCACUUAGCAGAAUCCUAAGAAUAAAAUUGUGCUGCCCCCCUGCCUGAACCCAAAGACAACCAGUGGGGGGUGCUUUGGCCAGGCAGAUGGAUGUAGCUGUGAGUGUGGAGGACUGUGACAGAGGGGGAAUAUUGAUAUGGUAGCUGGAGCUCCAUCUUGGAUCAGGAGGAGAAGACCACUCUUUAGGGAAGGUGGAUCAGAGAGCUAGAUGCACUCAAGGUCAGGUGACCCUGGAUCCACCACUCCUUGCCAUUGUGUUAUCAAGGUCCCCAUCCCAGUCUGCCAUUUACUAGCUGUUUCACUUGGAGAAAAUCUUUUAUGUCUCUAAGCUUCAGUUCCAUGCUAUUCUUCUGCUGUUGCUGAGAUUGAAAAAGCAAGCACAUGUAAAACCACUGACUCAACAUCUGGUAAGCAUCAGUACUCAAUAGAGGUGAAUUUCCUCCCUUCCUUUUUUUUUCUGUCUUUUUGCCUUUUCUAGGGCCAUUCCUGUGGCAUAUGGAGAUUCCCAGG